GUGUAACAUACACGUAAACUACAGACUAAAUCACUGUGCAGAAAGAAGAGUCUGUGUCGCUGCUGCCCCCUGUCGGUCCAUGCGUGUAGUACACCGGGGCAGCAGGGGGCGCUGCCUGCUCAACACGCUCAUGACGACGAGUUGCCAAGUGAACUUCCGCCGCAAAGAGACACAUCUGAGUCCAAGGGGACAGCGAGCAGAAUCCACUUAAAAUGGGUUUCGUCAAAGUGGUGAAGAACAAGGCCUACUUCAAGAGAUAUGAAGUCAAAUUCAGGAGAAGAAGAGAGGGGAAAACUGAUUUCUUUGCCCGCAAGCGCCUGGUUGUGCAGGACAAGAACAAGUACAACACGCCCAAGUACCGCAUGAUCGUCAGGUUCUCCAACAGAGACAUCUGCUGCCAGAUUGCUUAUGCGAAGAUUGAAGGAGACCAAAUUGUGUGUGCUUCUUACUCUCACGAGCUUCCUAAAUAUGGCAUCACCGUAGGCCUUACUAACUAUGCUGCUGCCUACUGCACUGGGCUGCUGCUGGCUCGCAGGCUGCUCCACAAGUUUGGCAUGGACCAGGUGUACGAGGGCCAAGUGGAGGUGACGGGAGAUGAGUUCAACGUGGAAAGUGUUGACGGACAGCCCGGUGCCUUUACCUGUUACCUGGAUGCAGGCCUGGCCAGAACAACCACAGGGAACAAGGUUUUCGGAGCGCUGAAGGGGGCAGUCGACGGAGGCCUGGCCAUUCCUCACAGUCUGAAACGUUUCCCCGGUUACGACACGGAGAGUAAAGAGUUCAACGCCGAGGUGCAUCGGAAACACAUCAUGGGCAUGAACGUGGCCGACUACAUGUCCUACCUGAUGGAGGAGGACGAGGACGCCUACAAGAAACAGUUCUCUCGCUUCAUCAAGAACGGAGUCACGCCAGACACAGUUGAAGAGAUGUACAAAAAGGCACACGCCAGCAUCAGAGCAAACCCCGCCCACGAAAAGAGAGCCGCAAAAGACGUCAAGAAGAAGAGGUGGAAUCGCGCCAAGUUAUCUCUGGCACAGAGGAAGGAUCGCGUCGCCCAGAAAAAGGCCAGCUUCUUACGAGCACAAGAACAAGAAGAAGGGGACGGUUAGGGGCUUCGCUGCAAAAACGCAACACACAUCACAGACAAAUAAAUUUAUUGCAAACUCAA